CGCCAAGCCUCAGCGGAUCUCUCCUUCAUCCGGACCGGCUGAUGUCUCAGGGGCGGCCGGCCGGUGCGGGGCUGCCGCUGUCUCUUCCUGGAGCGGCCAUGCGGGAUCCAGCCCUGCUCAGCGCCCAGGCAGAUGGCGCUGUGUAUGAGGCAGCGUGGUCAUUGUCAGAUGCCUUUGAGUUGGUGGACAUGGACGAUGUCUUGCCUCCCUAUGAGCCGGUGCAGCCCCACUGGUUCUACUAUCAACAGGAAGAGGACAAGGACAUCUGGCUGCCGUUCAGCAAGGUGGACUCGCGGAAUUUGGAGCAGGCCUUAAAGUGUGGUGAUAAGCAGGAAGAGGGUGUGCUGGUGGCCACAGAUGGGGGGCGCUGCGACGUGGAUCUUGGCGGGAGGCGGCGCCACACCGUGUUCUGGGACGAGACACCCUCUGAAGUGCGCCGUUGUACCUGGUUCUACCGAGGGUCGAAGGACGGCCGCUACCUGCCCUACCCCGAGGAAGUCAGCGAGAGCCUGGAGGAGGCCUACAUGAUCGCAUACACACUGGGCGAGUGGAAGAGAACGCUGAAGUUAUCCACCGAAGAAGUGGUCGUCUUCCACAGCCCACAGCUAAUAACGCAACACCGACCCGUGGCCGGUCAUGCUGGGGACUGGCCCCCUCCCCUGCCGGAGCACACAGCAAAGUCCAGCGCCAUCAAGAGGGGGGUGGACAGCAUUGCAGUUGACAUCCCAGAAGGAGAGUCCGUGAUGGUGGACCAUCUGGUGUUCAUGGUGCACGGCAUCGGGCCAGCCUGUGACUUGCGCUUCCGCAGCCUUGUGCAGUGUGUGAAUGAUUUCCGGGGAACCUCCCUUCGGCUGCUGGGCAGCCACUUCAGGCAGUCGCUGUCCAGGGGGGCUGUGGGCCGUGUGGAGUUCCUCCCGGUUAACUGGCAUGGCGCCCUGCAUGGAGAUGCCACUGGGGUGGAUGAGGACAUCCAGCGAAUCACAUUGCCAAGCAUCAGCCGCCUGAGGAACUUCACAAACGAGACUCUCCUGGACAUCUUCUUCUACAACAGCCCCACCUACUGCCAGACUAUCGUGGACACAGUGGCCACUGAGCUCAACCGCCUGUACCACCUCUUCCAGCAGCGGCACCCAGACUUUGCUGGCCAUGUGUCGGUGUUGGGGCACAGCCUUGGUUCCCUGAUACUGUUUGACAUCCUGACCAAUCAGCAACCAAAUCCUUGGAGCUCUUCUGGUUCACAGACAGAAAGCAACAAUGAUUCUGACCUUCCAGACACCAAAAGUCUGGAGGAGCUGCUGAAGAAUUCUGGAUUAGAGGAGUAUGCCAGCCUCUUUCAGAGGCAUCAAAUGGACCUCGAGUCACUGGCCCUGUGUUCCGAGAGCGACCUGCAGGCCCUGGGAGUCCCUCUCGGACCAUGCAAGAAGAUCCUGAACGCAAUCAAAAAGAAGACCAUAGCAGAGAUGCUCAGGGCCGGGGCCCAGCUGCAGGACCGCGGAGUAACAGAAGCAGUGGCCUCCCGCAGUGGCACCGCAGGAGCCUCUGUGCACGCAACCAUCCCUCAGGUCCUCUCCACCACCAACCCUGUGAACUACAAGUACCUGAACGUUGGGAUUGGGCAGGUGCUGGUGUGCUACCCCAGGCUGAACUUUGAGCCAGAGAACUUCUUUGCAUUGGGCUCUCCCAUUGGGAUGUUUCUCACAGUGAGGGGACUCAAGCACAUCGACCCCAGCUAUAAAUUCCCCACUUGUGGAAGCUUCUACAACAUCUACCACCCAUUUGACCCCGUGGCAUACAGGAUUGAGCCCAUGAUCUUGGGUCGUGAUGUCGAGGUCGAACCGAUGCUCAUUCCACAUCACAAAGGCAGGAAGAGGAUGCAUAUUGAGCUGCGGGAGAACCUGACACGGAUGAGUUCUGACCUGCUGGGGUCUCUGCGCACUGUCUGGCAGGUCCUCUCAGGGGGACCUGUCCCUGCUCUGCCCCCAGUGGAGGAAAUCAGAACUGCAAUGCAUCACACCCUAGAGAACACAAAUGCCCCCACCCCCAGCCCGUCAUGUGCCGCAGGUCACUCCGGAAACGGCCCAAGCGCCGCCGUGUCUGCCGGCUCCUGGGAAAGGGGCUGCGACAUCAACGUGGGCAUGCUGAAUGGCGGGCGGCGCAUCGACUAUGUGCUUCAGGAGAAACCCAUCGAGAGCUUCAACGAGUACCUGUUCGCCCUUCAGAGCCAUCUCUGCUACUGGGAAUCGGAAGACACCACUCUGCUUGUGCUCAAGGAGAUUUAUGCAAAGAUGGGGGUCUACUUUGGCCAGACAUAACUAGACUGAAACGGGAGGGUGAACGGUUGUCCAGUAGGAGCACUGCGAAUGGCAUCACAGACUCCCUCGCCCCAGAGGAUUGUGGGUAAAAUGCUCCACAAUGCCACCAGUUUUAUUAGCCCUGUGGCACCAUGGAUAAUUUUCUAGGAAUUUCUGUUUUGGCUUAAUUUGUCAUGAAAUAGCACAUUCCGAAUUGGGAAAACAUUUAUCCUCUGGCUUUGCAUUUCAGCCCAAAAUGGAUAUUUUCAUAGGAAUUUUUAUGCGUUUUGCACAAAUGCAUUUUCAUAAACUCAAGUUCUUCACAUGUUGCAAAGGGUGUUUUUCAUAUUAUGCAUAAAAAUGGGCAAAGCUCUAAAAUCAACUGUUAUUUUUUUCUUUUUUGCUUGUUUGCAUACAUUUUGUAAAAUCACAUUUUAAACUAUCAUUAACUUAAUGAUUAAACAUAAACAUAUGAAAUGGUAUGAACAUGUACUUCACAUUCCUCCGCCUUUGCCUAAUAGUAGGAAUGUUUUUAUAGUAGCAGCACCGGAAGCCAGAAAAGGCUGAGCCCCCACCCCCCGCAGCCAUGUAGUGUACAGACCGCGGCCCCCGGGGGCCGGGAUUCUCCUGCCUGAUGCUUGUCCCCUUUGUUUCCGCCACACAGCCCCUGUUAUUCUUUGCUUUCCCAAGCUGUUUAAUUGCGGCAGGCCCUGUUUGUAACACACACACACACACACACACACACCCUGAGCGCAUGACCUUUUCCGUUUAAUGAAAGCAUAUAGGAGUGAAGUUACACACGUCUGAAAUAGGUUACAGUUCUAUCAGGUCUGUAUGCACCAGGCAAGUUUCUCCUAAUUUUCUAGUGAUCACAUUGAGUGAGUGGAUUAUGGUGGCAUGUGGCAUUUAGUCCAGAUCGCCCUGCUCUCUUAGGGAGGGUGGUGUAGCCAGAAACCUACAAGCACAAGCCCUUACUGUAGAGCAGGGUGGGGAUCCUGAUCCAUGGAGGGCCGGUGCUGGUUUUUGGGAUGGCCUCUCAAUCAGCCAAUAAUAAAGCAGCGGUUAUCAGCUCCACACCUGGGGACUCUCUGUUAUUGGCUGAUUGAGAGGUCAUCCCACCCCUGCUAUAGAGUUAAGGGUAACCAGAUAAUCCAUGUCAGGGAGGGCACUUUGAGUUAGGACAGGAUUUGUAAAUUACCAUUUCAAUUUUAAAAAGUCCUGGAUUUCACUUCAGCACCGAGUUUUUGCUGUGUGCUGAUUGGUCAGUCUCCUGAAAUCAUGCACGUGUCACUAAAGUUGAAGUGAAACAGCUGGAUGAGUCUUUCAAUCAAGGAAACAAACCUGUCAGAGCACAAGAAGAACUGAACUAUUUUGCCAAGCACAGGAGUUUUUCAGUUUUAAAGUAGUUUGUAAAACAGGAGUAACUCAGAGUCUCUCCUGACAUGGAUUAUCUGGUGAACCUACGCUGAGAUGUUAUUCAUGUGUCUCAGCUUUACAUACCCCCUCAGACUAUCAGUGUCUCGUCAUGUUCCAUUUCAAAAUGUGUGUUAAAUGAACCACAGUUCUCUCAAUCAAUGGAAAAGAGAAUAUUCUGAGAGCUACUGCAACUUGUUUAUAUUUAAACCAAGCUAUAUCUGUUUCUGUCUUUAUGAGAACAUACAGUAGAUAAUUAAAGGACAUUCCGCAGUAAGCCUCAAUCAUCUAAGGUUGCUUUUGGUUGAAUGUAUGCCUGGAAUAAACUUGGACUCCAUUUA